AUGACCAAAGACAUUGCUUGUUAUCAGCCACAAUGCAAGGAGAAGAAUUGGACCAAACUUGUGUUUGAUGUGGAUGCUUUAUGGCAUUUGUAUACCUCUGCAGCACUUCUGAAUGACGACGUGAUGAAUGGAUGUGCAGCAUUGCUAUCUGAUGCCUUCCUGGAAUCCUCAACUGUUCUCUUCUCAAUGUAUGAUCUUGCUGCCCUGAGGAACCAGUCAGAAUCCGAGACUAUAUGGAGGUAUACACAUAAACUCAAGUUCUGGAUGUACACACAAUGGGUCAUUCCGAUACACCACAAACAUCAGGUUCAUUGGACAGUGGCCACAGUGAAUCUUACAACAAAAGAUCUUGAGCUGUUUGACAGCCUCACUGAUGCUCUUGAGUCUGAGCGAGACAUUCAGGAUGUUCUUCGCUUCAUCAGAAUGAUUACCACAUGUGCGAGGAAGCAAGGGUACAAACUUCCACCUUCAAGUAUGGCAUCAUGGACCAUGACAAGAUUGAUUGCCAUGCCCAUACAGCAUAAUGGUUAUGAUUGUGGGAUUUGGGUGCUGUUGCAGAUCUGUGCAAACCCACUGUCUCUCUAUAGUCUUAGCACUCGCAACAUGGAAUUCAAUGUCAGAAUAAAUUUUGCCAUGGCCUCUAUCUCUGCAAUUGACCUAAAAAGAUCCAACAUCAGCAAUACACCUAUCUAUCAAAUGGCAUUGACAUACAAGCGAAUCUAG